GUCGUUGCACGCUCUCGGCGACGAGAUGACGCGUGUUUUGUGUCUCUUAGCUCUGGCGACAUUGUGUCGUGCGUCAGACCGGCCCCAUAUCAUACUCAUUAUUGCUGACGAUUUGGGUUGGAACGAUGUAUCUUUCCAUGGCUCUAACCAAAUCCCGACGCCGAACAUCGACGCGCUGGCAUGGUCGGGUCUCGUGCUCAACAACUACUACGUCACGCCCAUCUGCACGCCUUCACGCGCCGCCCUCAUGACCGGCAAGUACCCCAUACACACUGGCAUGCAGCAUGGCGUAAUCUACGGUACGGAGCCGCGCGGACUGCCGCUGUCGGAGAAGCUGCUGCCGGAGUACCUGCGCGAGCUUGGCUAUCGCACACACCUCGUCGGCAAAUGGCACCUUGGCAGCUACAAGCGCGACUACCUACCGCUCAACAGAGGGUUCGAUACUCACCUCGGGUUUUGGACGGGCAGGAUAGACAUGUACGAUCACACGUCUUUUGAAUUCGGCUCCUGGGGAUUCGAUUUCAGACGUGGGUUUGAAGUGGCUCACGACUUGUUCGGGCAGUACGCGACAGACGUCUACACCAACGAAGCAGUGAGGGUGAUAAUGUCGCACAACGCGAGCGCGCCGCUGUUCCUGACGGUGGCGCACUCGGCGGUGCACAGCGGCAACCCCGCAGAGUUCCUGCGCGCGCCAGACUCCGCCAUUGACAAAUUCGGGCACAUCCGCCCCUUCCAACGUCAGAAGUUCGCCGCCAUGGUGUCGAAGCUGGACGAGUCAGUGGGCAAGGUGGUGCAAGCGCUGCAGCAGCGGAACAUGCUGGAGCACUCCAUCAUCCUGUUCACUACGGACAACGGGGGCGCCGCCGCGGGCUUCAACGACAACGCCGCUUCCAACUACCCAUUGAGGGGCGUGAAGAACACUCUGUGGGAGGGAGGUGUGCGCGGCGCGGGCGUGUUGUGGAGCUCUGGACUACGCGUGUCCCCGCGCGUUGUUCGCCAGCGCCUGCACCUCGUGGACUGGCUGCCCACACUGCUGGCGGCUGCGGGCGCCAACUAUAGCUGCGACUCUAUCGACGGUAUGAACCAGUGGGAGGCGCUGUCGGGAGACCUGCCCUCCCCGCGCACCUCUGUGCUGCACAACAUUGACGAUAUCUAUGGCAGCGCCGCCAUCACGGUGGACCAGUGGAAACUGCACAAAGGUACGAAUUACAACGGUGCGUGGGACGACUGGUACGGACCGAGCGGGGAGGGGGAGGGGGGCGAGUACGCACCGGGGCAAGUGCGCGACAGCGACGCGGGCCGCGCGCUGCAACACCUCGGUCUGCUGCCCGCUGAUAACAUUAUUUUAGCUCUCAGAAAAGAAGCGACAUUGCGUUGCAACGCGAGUGUAACUCCAAUCCCUUGCCGGCCGCUCGCCGCGCCCUGCCUCUUCAACAUCGAGGAGGACCCCUGCGAGAGGAGGAACCUGGCGGAUCUUGAGCCGGUGAUACUGCGCCGUAUGUUGGUGGAGCUGGAGCUGAUGAACCGCACGUCGGUGCCGGCGCUGGUGCGCGCGCGCGAGCCCCGCGCUGACCCCCGCCUGUGGGGACAUCUCUACACCAACUUCGGGGACUACCUGCCCCUCUCCUGCGACCUCGACCCCACGCAGCGCCAUUGCCACACCAAGCCCUUCAAUUUCAUUUAAUUCACUCACCUCUUUAUACGUGGACUGGCUAUGAGUGGUGCUAAUUUGUGCCUAGUUCAUUUUAGCCAAUU